CUACUUAUGCCACCCCCCACCAAUCAACCAGCACAUCAUUCAUGAUGCCCUCAACAAGCUGCAUGUAGAAAAUUAGAAUCUCCUCAUCCAUCGCCACCCCCCCAUCCAAUGAGGAUCCCGCAAUUGUCGAGCCGCAGGGCCACCACUGCCCGGCUACUGACCCGUUCACCAUCUCCAUCCUCAGCCGCAUCACUGCUUCCAGCCUCAUCACCACUUCCAUCCUCUGCCUCUCGCUUCUCAUCUCUCACAGCCCCAGCCUCGCACCCCUCCAACAAAGUCCAAAUCUACACGUCCCACUCCAACGACCCCUUCCUCAACCUCUCCGUCGAGCACCGCCUCCUCCAAAUCACGCCUCCCGACUCCACCGUCCUCACUCUCUACGUCAACUCCCCGAGCAUCAUCUUUGGCCGCAACCAGAAUCCCUGGCUCCAGGUCAACCUGAAUCGCCUCACCCAAAUCGCGCAGCAGCCUUCCCGCGUCAGCUGGACCGAUUCCCCCAUCCAAUUGGUGCGCCGCAGAUCCGGAGGCGGCGCCGUCUUCCACGAUGCCGGCAACGUCAACUUCAGCGUCAUCUGCCCGCCGGAGCGCUUCGACCGCGACAAGCACGCCGAAAUGGUUGUGCGGGCGUUGAAAGCGCUGGGGAGGCCGAACACGCGCGUCAAUCAGAGGCAUGAUAUUGUCAUGGAUGUGGCGUCGGAUGUAGCGCCCGAUAUGGAGACGUAUAAAAUCUCUGGCUCGGCUUACAAGCUUACACGUUUGAGAUCCCUGCAUCACGGCACUUGUCUCCUUCGAAGUCCUAACCUUGCCAGCAUUUCUGGGUUAUUGCGGUCUCCUGCGCUGGGGUAUAUUGAUGCCCGUGGCGUUGACAGCGUGCGCAGUCCAGUGAGGAACAUUGACGUGGACAACCAAGAGUUUAAAGAUGCGGUGGUGAGAGAAUUCGAGAGCAUGUAUGGAGACGUUCAUUUCCGCGGCGAAUUUGAUGACACGGCUCUAGAGGUGGAUGAGAUACGAAAGGGCUACCAGGAGCUGAAAUCCAAGAGCUGGAUUUGGGGCCAGACGCCGAAAUUUACGUUUUCGACGCAUCCGACGGAGGAGGAUCCCCGGCCUCGACCAGAGCUGCCGUUCGAUCUGAACAUUCAUCUUUUCGCAAGACAUGGCGUUAUAGAAGACAUGAGCAUCAAGCACAGCGACGGAGCCGCCAUCAACGGACUGGAUGCCUCUGUGUUUCACGGGACCUCGGUAUGGGAGAUUACCAACUGGACAGAGUCGCUUAGACGAGCUGGACUAGGGGACGGUCUCAGCAAAGAGGCGGGAGAGUGGUUGAAUGGGGUGCUUGGCGCGGAAUAUGCCAAGAUGGCAUUGAAUGAGAUGUAGAUUUUUUGGCUGAACGAUAUAGAGGCUUGUAUGAAUAGAAGUAUAUUUAUUUAUUUAAUAAUAACUUGCGAUAGUCUAGUC